CCGUCGCGUCUCCAGUUCAGGAGUCAUGGACGCGAGGAGGCUGUGCGGGACCUGGGCUCGAGCCUCGGUCGCCCUCCUCUGCAUCGUCGCCAUCGUCCUCAUUGCAAAUGUGUCCCUCAUCCUCCCUCUCCCGCAAAAGCCUCCCUGCCAUGGGAAGCCCGAACCAGGCCCCAGAAAUUCCACCCCAGAACAACGUGACCCCGAGAUGGACGAUCUGAAGCAACUCCUCCGGUGGCCUAACCCGCCCUCCACAUCCUCGUUCGACUUCGAGUCGUCCACCAGCCCCGCAGCCACGAGCUACCGGCUGCUGGGUGGGACAUGCAACUUCACGGUGGGUGACACGCUGCACCUCGCCGUGCAGGCCCGGGACCACCACGGCAGGGACAAGCGGCACGGCGGAGACUACUUUCGCUUCAAAGUCUACUCAGAGAAGCUCCGGGCGGGAGUAUUCGGCUCGGUGCUGGACCACGACAAUGGCUCGUACACGGCGAGCGUCGUGCUGCCGUGGCCAGGCGAGGCCCACGUGGACGUCAAGCUGGUUCACUCGAGCGAGGCCGUGCACAUCAUGAGCCGCCUGCGCGACUCGGUGCCCAACAAGAUCUUCUUUACCGGCUACUUCGAGAAGGAAGGCGCGAGAGGCAAGGCCACCGAGUGCAACGCGGUCCCGCUCUUCCUGGCAAAGGGCGGGACGUGCGAGUACAGGGACGCGGCCACGGGACACGCGUGGUUCUGUGCGAUGCCCACCACGCUGCCCUGUGACUCCCUGCGCUUCCACUCUGAUGGGGGCCGCAGGAAAGUUCUCACCAAUCAGGAGGAGCGGUUGUUCAGCAACACAAUCUCCAAAGUGACCAUCGGUGGAGAUCCGAGCCAGAUCGAGGUGCUGCCAUCCCCAUCACCACGCGACCUCGAGGCCAGCCUUGGGCCAUGCGUGCCAGGCCACCCCGUGCCCUCCCCAAGCGGCUACUACCUCAACGAGGAGUGGGUGUCGCUGGCAUGCAGGGCGCGGCCCUUCCCUGCCCCUCAAGACCUGGCAAAGUGCCUGCGCAGAAAGAGGCUCUACCUGUUUGGAGACUCCACCAUUCGACAGUGGUUCGAACACAUCUCCACCCAUGUGCCGGACAUGCAGCUCAUCGACAUCGGCUCGACGCACCUCGGCCCCCUCAUCGCGGCCAACGUGGGCGCAGCGAAGACCUUCGUGCUGUACCGCACGCACGGCCCGCCCUUCCUCACGGCCAAGCGGCCCUUCGCGGCCCUGCACUACGCCGCCAACGAGAUCGACGGCCUCGUCGGCGGGAAGGACACGGUGGUGGGGAUCAGCGUGUGGGCUCACUUCACGGGGUUCCCAGUGUCUCUCUACAUCGCUCGCAUGCGCGGCAUUCGCGCCGCGGUCGUCCGCCUGCUGAAGCGAGCCCCCGGGACGCUGGUCGUCUUCAAGUCGGCCAACACCAGCUACCACUCGGUCUACCAGUCCGAUUGGCUCGCUCUUCAACUGGACCGCGUCAUGCGCCGUCUCAUGGCGGGGUUGCCCGUGGUGAUCUUGGACGCCUGGGAAAUGACGGCGGCCCACCGCUACCCCGACAACUUGCACCCCGAUCCCGUCAUCAUCCACAGCGAGAUCAAGCUCCUCCUGGCCUACGUGUGUCCCCGGUGAGACCCAUGCGAGAUGCCUGUGGGCCUAGGGAGCCUCAUGUGUCGCCUGUGUGUCCACCGAGAGGAUGACGAUCGGGUGGUUUUGCCAAACUGCAGUUCUGCUCGCUGCAGGAAACCCAAGAGGCGGCUUAGUGCCUCCUGGGUGCUACGGCAAUGCGGACGACGAGGCUUUGGGAGCGUGGCUCCUCGCUUGCCCCCCUCCGACUCUGCCCAACGGGUUCCCCGUGCUCGAGGACCUUGGGGGCGGAAGAGAAUUUGGCGAGGAGUCGGCCACAGCAGACCUUGGAGAGGGGGCUGCUCGCUUGGGGGCUUUGCCAGCAGGAACCCUCAGCAGCAGGACCUCCGCUUGGGGGCGACACGGAGGCCCUGCAGGACAGCGUUGGCCGCUUAUUGAAGACGCUCGGAGUUUGAGCCCGGCGGGCGCCCUGGUUGCCGUGUACUCCCAAUUAUAAAAGACGCGCCAUGCAGAUGCACCCUAUACUUUGGGGUCAUUUUGUAAAAAAAGAUUUUUUUAUCACCGGAAUAUGGAACGGGUAUAUAGCGUCGUCUUCCAGGUGAUGAUUACCGAACGCGUUGCUUUAAAACUGGGAGAGAGGGUUGUCUACUGGAAGAUUAUUCUGAACUAUAUUAAAACGAAUCAUGUUCGCAGCACUAUGAGACGCACACCGAACUUUAGCUUUAAAUACUGGGUCAAGAGUGCAUUCGUAUGGGAAAAAAGCAAAUGGUCUUCAACAGUACUGUUAACCAGUAGUACUGGCACGGCACACGAGGGGGUGGGGGUGGCAAACACCACGCCUUUGUCUCCAAAAUGCUGAUGUUUACACACCACACCAGGUACUCAUUUGAGGCCGAGUCGACCAGUUCAGAUAAUUAUCACUGGUGUUGACAUCGAGCAGUAAUCAAACUUGGGUCACUGAUAGUGCAGUGGGCUGACCACUCCACUACCGCUCCGCCAUGUAGGCAAGUACUUAACUCACACACGCCAAUU